AUGCCCACCCUAAGCAUUCCUGCUGAGCUAUUUGAAGUCACUGUCCCCGUGCACAGGGAGGAAGUGAGCAGGCAGAGUCCGGGUGUAGACACGCAUGCUGGGGCAGAAGAGGCAUUGCCUGGCUGUGCCAGUAAAGCCAGAGACAGGCCUGAACCGGCAACUUGCAGGCCGAGCCCAGCAUAUGGCGCCAGAAACACCCCUCUUCAGAGGCCCUGGGGACUGGCCUUUGGGGUGACAAGUGGGGCCACCGGAGAAGGAAGGCGGGAGUCUUUCCCAUUGGAGUUGAACUACCUCCCUGCUCGCCAUGAAGCUAAGCUGGCUUGA